AUGGCUCUCCAACGCCUUCUACCCGCAUCGCUCUUUGCGGCAACCGUCUUGGGCGCCGCGCAUCCUAUGAUAACCCCAGCCCCGAGUUUGGAAGCACGACAGAUUGCCGAACGUGGCCUCGACGACUAUGCAAGCUACGCGAAAAGCCUCUUGGGGAGUCUCGGGAGUGAUGUCUCCAGCUACGUAAUAUCAGGAGUGCCCCAGUACUUCCAGGACUUCCCUACUGGCGACAAGGUCGAAAGCUCUCUCGGUAUUGACGACUCCCAACUGGCCGCGUUACCAACACAAGUUCUCAACCUACCCGCCUACGCCAACUGGACAGAUCAAGGAUGGAAUGUCCGCGUGCAUGGAAAUGUUUACAAGCAGCCCAACACCAAUGAGUCAAAGCUCAACGACCUUGCCAAUGUCUUCCUUAUCGGCACCAGCAUUGACCAACUGCAACCGAGCGAGCAGGAUCAGGCGCGAAACUUGACGGCCGAGAUCUUCGUCGUUCAGCAACGCGACGUCAACGUGACCAUGAACUUCAGAACGGGUGUCGACGUCCGACCUGACGCCAGCGGCGGCGUGGUGAAUGCCAAGGGCGGCAACCAAUCCAUAACACUGCCAUACCCUACGACUGAUGAGGGAGACUUUGAUACUUUCAUCAUUCUUAAAAACACCACUGGCGUCACUUCUAACACCACUGGCACAGAUGGUGGCUAUUUGCUCCCUGGCAAUGAGACCAGCUCGAUUCAAGCGCUCAAUAUGUAUGCCAAUGGCUCCGAAAUUGGCAACGCGACCGCAUACCUGGUCCCGCCGACAGGUUUCACCAUUGUCAACGACAUUGACGAUAUCCUGCGUAUUACCAAGAUCUACGAGCCAAAGGAAGGUCUACUCAACAGUUUCGCUCGAGCCUUCACUCCGUGGCAGGAUAUGCCCGAAAUCUACGCCAACUGGUCCGCGACGAUCCCGGACUUCCACUUCCACUACCUGACUACAACGCCCGAGCAGGUUACAAGAAACUACAUGGACUUCAUCUUUAAGACGUAUCCACUCGGAAGCUUCGACACGAGGCCGCUCAACUUCAGUGACGUCUCGGCUACUCUUUCGAUCAGGAAAUUCCUGCUCGACAAGAUUUUCCAGACGUUCCCACAGCGAAAGUUCGUCCUAAUGGCCGACACGUCCAACUCGGACGUCAUGAAGGACUACCCCCAGAUGGUGAAGGACUACCCGGGUCAGGUUCAGUGCAUUUUCCUACGCAACACAACUGCUACGGAUUCUGGAGAUCUGUUCCCGUACGACACCUCGGGAUUCAAGGGUAUCGACCAGGAAAAGUACAUGUUCUUUGUAAACGCGGAUGACCUCCGUGACGUGGACAUUGUAGGCGGCAACUGCUGGAACAAGGCCGUCAAACAGAAUGUGACCUUUGAAUACCAGGGUCGGGGAUUUGGAAACAGCGCCAGCGGUGCUGUAAGUUGGAACCCGUACAUGUUGGGGGCGGCGCUGAUCCUGGCGAUGGUCCAGUUUGCUCCCUUUGUGCCAUCAUGGGCAUUGGGCUUAUGA